UUGUUUAUCUUCUUUCAUAUCUUACCUUUCUUUCAAAAAAACUCGACUCUUUAAGGACCUUGGGAUUGAACCUGCCAUAAAGAUGGGCUACUUCUCAAGUUUCCGCCAAUCCUUCUCGUCCUUCCUGGCCCCUCAGAAAUCCCCUCUCGAACGACCGCCAUCACAAACUGGUCUGCCCACGCCUAGCGCAGUCGAGCCGCGUGCGCAAUCAUUUUCAGAAGUCUUACAACACCGUUCAAUGAGCCCUACGUCCAAAAUGCAGGAUUGGCUUUCAUGCACCGCGUCCAGCCAAUUCGAUGGAAGAAGUGGAGAGGGAAGCGAGUCUGUAAAUCGACGAGGGAAAAUGGCAUUCCAUCCUUCCAUGAUGAGAGGAAUCGUGGAGACACCCCGGGACGCGUACAGGAACUUUGUGCAACUUCCCACUCCGGCUGAGUCCGGGUCGAAGAGGAAAUUGACGUUUGAUCGUAGUUACGCUCAAGCGGAGAAUCAAAUCAGUGCCCAUGAGGAUGAUCUGGAGGGAGAUACGCUUGUGGUGGGUGAAGCUACUCCAGCUAAACGACGACGGGUUCGUGAGGGCAUGAUAUAUAUGGGCGAACGAGAGACUAUGGAAGUACAGCUGUUUGAGGGUGAUACUCUUGGUGUGGAAGAUACUGAGGCAAUGACGGGCUCAGGAGCUGAAAGCGAAGCUGAAAGCGAAGCUGAAGAUUCAGAUAUAGUCAAUGAAGAGUCUACAUUGAGCGAUAAUGAAGACGCGGCGUCCCUGGUUGCCUCGGAUGAUUUUGGAACUGAUGGUGAUGAGGUACUGCUAGUCCCUCCGCAUCCACGUAAGGCGAACCGUGGCUCGAAAAUCUCGCGUGACAUAGACGAUGUUUACCGCCCUUCGUCAACGGCUGUGGACAAGAACCUGAAUCGGGACCCGAGCAUGGAAAACGACCUAAGUGAAGAUGAAGUUGUCGGGAAGUCGCACGUUGUGAGCAAAAAUGAGAGGAAGGAAGUGGCAUUUGAUUUCUCUGUGGAGAGAGCAGAACGCUGGGUUGCUGCUAUCAAGUUGCCGAAGGGGCACUGGGCGGAAGCGGAGAAGGACCUCUUCUAUCGCCUUGCAAUGCGAGGAUUCGAACCUCUCGUGCCUAGCAAUUGGCAAUUGGAUUUCAGCACCCUUCCCGAAUCGCUGCUUGGUCACCCAGAGGAUAUCACCCCUCCUUAUAUCGAUGCGAUUGGUGCAUCGGAGUUUCGUGCUAUCAACGCCCUUAGCGAUCUCUUUGAACUUGGAAGUCAAGUCAGGGACCGCCAAUCGGUCUACCUUCGGCCCGAGCCAGUUAUCCGUCGCGCCAUCACGGGUUAUAUCAAAUGGGCCUUGUACGAUUCUAACCUCCUCAAUCGUCCAAAUGCAAUCCCCAUAUACGCAAUAUAUUCUCUUAAACCAUCCGAGUCCACUCGCGAUGCCCUUCAAAUCCUAAACCAACGGUUAGUCAUGUUGGCGAACCGUUACCGCGAAGCCUGGCGAUUAACGCCUAGUAUCGAGACCAGCUUCAAUGGAAAAACCAACGACGCCGAGAAUAACGAAAGUGGUCAAUGCGACAGCAUCAACCAAUAUGCGACUCGCCCAUUCCCAGUUAUAACCGGAUUCCUGAUCUGCGGGCCCAUCGUUGCACUUCUCACCCUGAACUCGGACCCGCAGGUGCAUCCCGUCUUGGACUCAAUGUUUUCCGCCAAAUUCAUCUCGCAGUUUGAUUUUAGCGAGAUUGCGCAAGAUGUGUGGAAUUCGUUCGCUGUUGCCAUUGCUGUUGUUCGGAUGCGAAAGACGAUGGCUCAGUUGGAAGCGGAAGGAAAAGGGGAUGUUAUGUGGAUGACUGGCGACGAGGCCCGUUCGGGGGACCCGGAUCUCUAG